UCCCUGUGUAUUUUUUUUUUAACCACGUGAGAUGGUCUAACUGAAAUGUUCGAGUCUUUUUUUAUCCACAAAUUCGUUUUUCUUCAGUUAUGUAUUCAACUCAGGAAUUGGAACUCUUUCCUGAUCGUACUGUAACUCAGUUGCUAUUCAAAGAUGUCAAAAACGCUGCAGAAUUGAGGAAAAAUGCCAUGGAAGGAAAGAUUAAUGGUGCCUUGAUAAACCCGUCUAUGAUAGUGAACCCCUUCCAAGUGCUAGUGGCAGCAAACAAGGCAGUUCAUUUACAUAGUACUGGAAAAAUGAAGACAAGGAGUUUAUAUUCCGAAAUCAUCUACAACCUUUCACCCACUAAUAAUAUUUCAGAGGCCUUCAAGAGGUUUGGGAUGUCAGACAGUGACAGUGCUGUUCUCAUAGUUCUAGUCCAUCUCAAAGAGGAGACGCAGCACAUGACUGACAUCAUUGCCAAGGUGGAUGGACAACAGAUCCCAGUUGAAGAUGUCUCCAUGUUGACCGACCCUGCUAAGGUCAAAAAGCUGUACAAAACCACACCCCAGGAGGAUACGUGUCUACUGGAUGCUGUUGUCUGCAGGAUGGCAACCAAAGAUGUCAUGUAGCUCAGCAAGAAGACAGGGCAGCAAAUGGAACCCUUCCUGUUAUGUCAUUUGUUGUUGAGCGUUUCAUAUUGAUGUUGUUGCACAAUGUCAUAAAUCAAACGUUUUCCUCCUCGAAUAUGUUAUUAAACAUGUUUAUUUUUU